UCAGCCAAACGGAAGGAGGCUGUGGGCCGUUUGCGCGUGCUUUGCUGGUCAUGGCGGCCGCUAAGAAGCCUUUGGAGUUCCAUGCCAAGCGGCCCUGGCGCGGAGAGGAGGCGGUAGAAGAUCCGGACGAGGACAACGAGGAGGAUAACGAUGAAGCCGAGAAUGGGUUCUCUCUGGAAGAAGUAUUACGGCUCGGAGGCACCAAGCAAGAUUACCUUAUGCUGGCUACUUUGGAUGAAAAUGAGGAAGUGGUGGAUGGAGGCAAAAAAGGAGCAAUCGAUGACCUUCAACAAGGUGAAUUGGAAGCAUUUAUUCAAAAUCUUAGUUUGGCCAAGUAUGCAAAAGCUUUCUUAGUUGAAGAAGAUGAACCAGCUGAAAAAGAAAAUGCCAGCAAAAAAGAAGCAAGAGUAUCUAAAGUAGAUAAUAAAAAGCAAAAUGCAGCAGAAAGUGAAAGGACAUCACUCGGUAAGGUGAAAAAUAAGAAGCCAGAACAACAUUCUGAUGAGAACAAUAGUGUCACACCAAAAGUUAAGAAAGAUAAACAACAGGACAUCUUUGAAUUUUUUGAGAGACAGACAUUGUUACUCAAGCCUGGAGGCAAAUGGUAUGAUCUGGAGUACAGCAAUGAAUAUUCUUUGGAACCCCAGCCUCAGGAUGUUGUGUCUAAGUACAAAACCUUGGCUCAGAAAUUGUAUGAGCAUGAAAUCAACUUAUUCAAAAAUAAGACAAAUAACCAAAAGGGAGCUUCUUCCACCUGGAUGAAGACAAUUGUGUCAUCAGGGACGCUAGGUGACAGGAUGGCAGCCAUGAUUCUUCUUAUUCAGGAUGAUGCUGUUCACACACUGCAGUUUGUAGAAACUCUUGUGAACCUUGUUAAAAAGAAGGGUAGCAAACAGCAGUGCCUCAUGGCUUUGGAUACUUUCAAAGAAUUACUCAUUACAGACCUUUUGCCAGACAGUCGGAAGCUAUGGAUUUUCAGCCAGCAUCCCUUCAACAAACUAGAACAGUUGUCCAGUGGCAACAAGGACUCGAGAGAUAGAAGGCUGAUAUUAUGGUAUUUUGAACACCAGCUGAAACACCUUGUGGCUGAAUUUGUGCAGGUCUUAGAAACUUUAAGUCAUGAUUCAUUAGUAGCCACUAAAACUCGAGCUCUUGUUGUAGCUCAUGAGCUUCUUUGUAACAAACCUGAGGAAGAAAAGGCUCUUCUUGUGCAGGUGGUAAAUAAACUGGGAGAUCCUCAGAACAGAAUAGCCACCAAGGCCUCCCAUCUGUUAGAGACAUUGCUUUGUAAACAUCCCAAUAUGAAAGGAGUUGUAUGUGGCGAAGUAGAAAGGCUGCUCUUUCGCUCAAAUAUCAGCUCCAAAGCGCAAUAUUAUGCAGUUUGCUUUUUAAAUCAAAUGGUCCUUUCCCAUGAAGAAAGUGAAUUAGCUAAUAAGUUAAUUACUCUUUAUUUUUGUUUUUUCCGGACUUGUAUCAAGAAAAAAGAUAUUGAAUCAAAAAUGCUUAGUGCCCUUUUAACAGGAGUAAAUAGGGCAUACCCUUAUGCCCAGACUGGUGAUGACAAAGUGAGGGAGCAGGUCGACACGCUCUUUAAAGUGUUGCAUGCUGUGAAUUUUAAUACCAGCGUACAGGCUUUAAUGUUGCUUUUCCAAGUAAUGAAUUCUCAGCAGACGAUAUCAGAUCGAUACUAUGCAGCAUUAUAUAGGAAGAUGUUGGAUCCAGGAUUGAUGAUGUGUUCUAAGCAAGCUAUGUUUCUUAAUCUUAUCUACAAAUCUUUGAAAGCUGACAUCGUGUUGCGCAGGGUGAAGGCUUUUGUGAAGAGGUUACUCCAAGUUACUUGUGAACAGAUGCCACCAUUCAUAUGUGGAGCUUUAUACCUUGUGUCUGAGAUCCUUAAAGCAAAACCAGGUUUAAGAAGUCAACUAGACGAUCAUCCGGAGUCUGAUGAAGAGAAUUUUAUCGACAUAGGAGAUGAUGAAGACAUAGAAAAAUUCACUGAUGCAGAUAAAGAAACAGAUAUAGUAAAAAAAGCUGAGACAGAAGAAACUGUGUCUGACAGUCCUAAGGAAACAAAAAAAUCAGAGUCUGCUUCUUGGGUGCACUUUGAUAACUUGAAAGGUGGCAAACAGUUAAACACAUACGAUCCAUUCAGUAGAAACCCUUUGUUCUGUGGAGCUGAAAAUACAAGUCUUUGGGAACUCAAAAAGCUAUCUGAGCAUUUUCAUCCCUCUGUGGCUCUUUUUGCAAAGACUAUCCUUGAGAAUCAUAAACAUGUUCUGCUGUUGGAAAGGACCAAUGACUUGUUUAAUACAGGAAACUGUAUUCAGUAUUCAGGGGACCCACUCCAAGAUUUCACAUUAAUGAGAUUCUUAGAUCGAUUUGUAUACAGAAAUCCAAAGCCACAUAAAGGCAAAGAAAACACAGAUAGCAUUGUGAUGCAGCCAAAAAGAAAACAUUUUAUGAAGGAUAUUCGUAGUCUUCCUGUGAACAGUAAGGAGUUCCUUGCAAAAGAAGAAAGCCAAAUACCAGUGGAUGAACUAUUUUUCUACAGGUAUUAUAAAAAAGUUGCAAUUGUUAAAGAGAAACAAAAACGGAAUGCAGAUGAAGAAAGUAUAGAAGAUGUGGAUGAUGAGGAGUUUGAAAAGAUGAUUGACACAUUUGAAGAUGACAAUUGUUUCACCUCUGGAAAGGAUGACCUUGAUUUUGCUGGCAACAUGAAAAAGAAAAAAAAAGGUGCUAAGGGAGACCCAGAAGAUGAAGAUUCAGAAGGCAGUGAUGAUGACCUUGAUAACUUGGAUGAUGAUGAAGUUUCUUUAGGAAGUAUGAAUGAAGAAUUUACUGAAAUUGAUGAAGAUGGAGGAACAUUCAUGGACGUGUUGGAUGAUGAAAGGGAAGGCAUUCCAAGGGAAAUAGAACUUGAUGAUGAAGUCAGCUCUAAAAUCGGGACAAAGAGAAGCAAGAGAAAAGGUGCAAAUGAUUUUGACUUUGCUGGAUCAUUUCAAGGACCGAGAAAAAAAAAGAAAGGAAAUUUCAGUGACUCCAACCUAUUUGUAUCUGCUGAGGAGUUUGGCCACCUAUUAGAUGAAAAUAUGGGAUCCAAGUUUGAUAACAUUGGCACAAACGCCAUGGCUAACAAAGAUAAUGCAAGUCUCAAACAGCUUAGAUGGGAGGCUGAACGUGAUGACUGGCUACACAACAGAGAUGUGAAAAGUAUCAUCAAGAAAAAGAAAAAUUUCAAAAAGAGGCCAAAAACCACUCAAAAAAUUAAAAAGCAAAGAAAAGGAGUUUUCUAAAUAAAUUAUAAAUUAAAUUGUACUUACUCCUAAUUUUUGCUAUUCAACCAUUUUUCUUGAUCUUGCUGUCUGACUCCAUACAUUCCAGACUGUUCAAUGGAUUUGUAAUAAACUAUAAAUAAAUAUAGCUGUCAUUUAUAAAAUCAUGUAAAAGUGUUAAAAUUAAACUAUAUUGAGAGAAAUCAAA